CCCAGCGACGCGAGAUUGCUUCCCCCAAAACCUCACCUCAUCUCAUCUCCUCCACAAUUGACCAGACGGCGGCGCUCACCUCCUCCCCCUCGGCAUCCCCCAUCGUCCUGCUGGCUUCCCCGGUUCUCCCUCGUUUUUGAUCUCAGUCACUCAUGUCUUUUGAAGUCAGCGAGGGAUCCCCUUAUUUCCACUCGUGCUACUUCUGGUUCAUAUAUUGCAUAAAAUUCCGAGAAUUCACUUGAUACAAGUGGAUCAUCUGGAGUUUUGUGCGAGUACUUCCUAUCAUGUGAAUCAGUGGUAGUUGGUUUAAUUGGCAAGACUCAAACUUCUCUCAUCUGAGUUCAGAAACAUUUGUCGCUUGAGUCCUUGGUGUACUGCUUUCCUUGAGUCUUGCCAAGCCUGGUUUUCCAUAAGUUGUUUCUCCUCCAGCUUUUGGUUGGACCAUUCUCUCCUCUGGUCUAAUCUCAUCCAUCCUUUGAUCCUCCCUUCAGAAUAGUUGUCAUAACGUGAGCUGUCCUCUGCUCACACGGCAAUCUUCUGAAGCUCUCUUCUCUGGUUCUUGUUUGUUCUCUUGAGAGCUCCUCUCCUUAAGUUUGGUUGAUCUGCGGCCUUGAAUUCUGUCUUUCGAGGACUGAAGCUUUCUUGCCAAACUUGAUAUUUCCCUGAUUUACUGGUAUUGUUAAUUGCAUAAUCUGGUGAAGCAAUUCUGGUUGUGUUUCACCUCUUGUGUUCUUCUGCUGAUACUGAGCGCAAGACACCCACUGCAGUGAUGGCUCAAACUUGCCUGCCACCUGGCUUUCGUUUCCAUCCAACUGAUGUUGAGCUUGUUUCUUACUACUUGAAAAGGAAGAUUAUGGGGAAGAAACUUUUUGUUGAAGCUAUCUCAGAGGUUGAGCUGUACAAAUUUGCUCCUUGGGACCUUCCUGAUAAAUCAUGUCUUCAGAGCAAAGAUCUUGAGUGGUUCUUCUUUUGCCCCCGUGACAAGAAGUAUCCUAAAGGGUCUAGGACGAACCGUGCCACACCAAAUGGUUAUUGGAAAACAAGUGGAAAAGACAGAACAAUUGAGCUGAACUCUCGCAUUGUUGGGUUGAAGAAAACAUUGAUUUUUCAUGAAGGCAAGGCACCGAAAGGCAACAGGACUGAUUGGGUGAUGUAUGAAUACAAAAUGGAAGAUGAAACUUUGGUGUCUGCUGGUUUCUCGAAGGAUGCUUAUGUACUCUGCAAGAUAUUUAAAAAGAGUGGGCUUGGCCCAAGGAUUGGUGAGCAAUAUGGGGCUCCUUUUGAUGAAAACGAAUGGGAGAAUUUAGAUGUUGGAUCUUCUAUCUUCUCUUUUGCACCGUCCUCAGGUGUAGAGGAUCCACAGGUCGAAAGUUCUGCCUUGGCUACUGCAAUAGUUAUUCACGAACCAUCCGCUCCUCAGCAAUCUGUUCAAUUUUCCGAACAUGUUAAUAUCUGUUCUGAUCAGGUCAAUGAUGCGCCUCCUGAAAUUGAUGGGAUAUUGUUGGACGAACUGACAAAGUUUUUGAAUGAUUCUCCCAACCAUGACGUACGUUCGCCGGAGAAUUCUGGUCUGCCUCCAAUGUCUGAGCUUGAGGCUCAAGCUUUUGAGAUAAAUACUGCUGAGCUCUGUGACCAAUUGGCAGUACUUGCCCAGUCAGGAGAUAUGCCUGCUGCAAAUUUCCCUGCUAGCAACGGGGAUGUUAUUGAAAACAAUUUGCAGCAAACAAACUCUGGACUUGCUAUGGAUGAUGAUUAUAUAGGGUUGGAUGAUCUGUUUGCUCCUGGGGAAACUUUCUCCUAUGAUUUUUCUGGUGAAACAUUCUCCUAUGAUUUGCCUGGUGGAACCUUCUCCUAUUUGUCUGUGCCAAACAAUCAGUUUUCGCAGUACCCACUGGAUCAAUCAUCUAAUGGCCUUCACUACGGUGAUGGUGCCACUCAAUCAACUUUCUUAGCAAGUGGACCGCUUCCACCAUUGGAACCAAUGCCUAGCACUUUUGAUGACAUGCCUUCUGUUUCCAAUAAGCCUGCAAGCUCCUACUGCUUGAACCCAGCCAUGAAAGACCCAUUCUCAUAGAUAGCAACUUUUGAGGUACCAAGUCUGUUACCUUUGUGGUCAUUGAUGUUGGAAGUUGCUGCUGAUUCUGGUUUUGGUUGUCCAUCAUUGUCUGAUGUGACUCUUGAUGGAUCUUGGAUGUUGGUCCCUGCUCGAGAUGACCCAACAAUGGUGUUUGUAUCAUGGCAUGGCUGCUGCUCUAUUGAAGAAGCCGGAACUUGGUUGUGUCUCAAUCACGAGCACAGACCGAGCUUAGCUUACUGCUAUACCGCGGAGAAACUGUUUUCUGCUGGUUUGGAAGAUGUCUUGUCUGGGUGGAGAUGCUGCAGUCCAUCUUGUUCUUUCUGUAAUAACUGCCAUGUUUGAUGCGUUGUCCAUAAACCUAGUGACAACUUAAUAGCUUAAGUCGCAUCUUCUAUCUAUUUUCUGUCAAAGUAGUACUACUGUAUUUGAACCAUCGUCAUUAAUAUUAUUAUUAUUAUUAUUGUAAACCAUCAUUAUGUUUUUGUCGCCACAA